ACUAAAGCCUCGCUAAUGGCCUACUCAAUGUGUCUUAACGCUCUUGAUUCAGUACAACGUUGCAAUCCCUCUACAUUGCUUCCAUCUAAGAAACCUGUCGCACAUGUAACAAAAGGAAAUCGUGAUGCUCCUCAUCCAUUCCAAAGCAUGGCCCUUGCAGAAAACUCAAGUGACUCCACUAUUGUUCGACGAUCAGGAAAUUUUCAUCCUACCAUCUGGCAUGAUGAUUACAUCCAGUCAUUAGAAAGUGACUACAGGGCGGAGUCAUACACCAGAAAAAUUGAGAACUUGAAGGAAGAAGUGACAAAGAUGUUUCACAAAAUCGUGGAUCCUUUAAAGCAAGUUGAGAAGAUUGACAUCUUGCAAAGACUUGGAGUAUCUUACCACUUCGAAGAUGAAAUAAGGAGGAUGCUGGACAAAAUACACAAAACUCAUUAUGGAGGUGAUGUUUGCUGGGAGCAAAGUUUAUAUGCCACAGCUCUCGAAUUUAGAUUGCUAAGACAAAAGAAAUAUAAUUUACCUCAAGAUAUUUUCAAGAGUUUUACCAAUGAAAAGGGGAAUUUCAAAGAAUAUCUUUGCGAUGAUGUCAAGGGAAUGUUGGCUUUGUACGAAGCCUCCUUCCUCUUGAUAGAAGGUGAAAGCAUCUUGGAGGAAGCAAGAGAUUUUACAACCAAACAUCUCAAAGACUAUGUGGAGAAAAGCACAGAUCAAAAUCUUCGUGCGAUGGUGAACCAUGCUCUGGAGUUUCCAUUGCACUGGAGGGUGAUAAGAUUGGAAGCGAGGUGGUUCAUUGAUGUAUAUAGGAGUAGAGAAGAUAUGGACCCUAUCUUGCUUCAGCUUGCAGAAUUGGAUUUCAACGUAGUACAAGCAGUCCACCAAGAAGAUCUUAAAGAAGUGUCAAGGUGGUGGAGGAGCACUGGCCUUGGAGAGUUGAGCUUUGUGAGGGAUAGGGUGGUGGAGAAUUUCUUAUGGACAGUGGGAGUAUCCUUUGAGCCCCAAUUCGGAUUUGUGAGGAGAUUGUUAGCAAUGCUCGGUGCACUGAUAACAAUAAUAGAUGAUGCCUAUGAUGUCUAUGGCACUUUAGAAGAACUUGAGCUCUUCACAGAAGUUGUUGAGAGAUGGGAUGUCAAUGCAAUGGAAAAACUUCCUUACUAUAUGCAGCUAUGUUUCCUUACCCUCCACAACUCAGUUAAUGAACUGGCUUUGGACACCCUCAAGGAAAAAGGUUUCAACAACAUUCACUACCUUAAGAAGGGGUGGGCAGAUUUAUGUAGAUGUUAUCUAUUGGAGGCGAGGUGGUACUACAGCGGAUAUACACCGAGCCUUCAAGAGUACAUUGAAAUUGAAUGGCUGUCAAUAUCAGCACCACUUUUACUGGUGCAUUCUUAUUUUGCUGUCACGAAUCCCAUAACAAAGGAAACCUUGGAUUUAUUGGAAGACUAUCCCAAUAUAAUUCGUUGGCAAGGAAUGAUUGUACGACUUGCAGAUGAUCUCGGAACAUCUAAGGAUGAGUUCGAAAGAGGUGAUAAUCCCAAAUCAAUUCAAUGUUACAUGAAUGAUACUGGUGCUAGUGAAGAAGAUGCUCGUGAGUAUAUAAGGAAUUUGAUUGUUGUGACAUGGAAGAAGUAUAAUGAAGAACUCGCUGCAAGUUCUCCCUUUUGUGAAACAUUUAUUCAGAUUGGAUUGAAUUUUGCAAGGAUGUCCCAAUGCAUGUACCAGUACGGAGAUGGGCACAGCGUUGAAUAUCUUGAAAGUAAAGACCGAGUGCUAACAUUGCUUAUUCAUCCCAUCCCUCUACCUAAAGAUUGAUGAAUGAUUGAU